AUAUCACAAACCAUCCAAGGGACUGUCAAAUUAUCGGAGAUCAAGACCCAAGAAAAAUUGAUAAAUGAUGCUUCAAUACGAUUUUAGCUAGUGACUCAACUCCGUCAUCUCUCUCCCAUUUCGGCGAGCUCAUCAAUCAUGGCUUCCGAAUCUAGGCGACCACUCUACAAAGGGCCACUUCUCGCUCCCAAACGGGAAUCAUGGAGUCAAUCCUACACAGUGAAUCCUAUAUCAAAGGACCACGUUGUAAUAUGGAGUGGAAAGAGCAAUAGAGUCCCUGUCAUCGAGUUCUCAUCAGGAACUGUCCCAAUGCCUUUCUUGGAUCCGGCGAUUAUCAUGCAGCGUGUCCGAGAACAGAAGGAAUGGAAAGCAAAGCAGGAUCGAGAGAACAUCGUCGAGGGCUCGUCGCAAGGGGGGUGAAGAGAUUUGGGAGUCCAUUUCAGUAUGGCAACGUCACGUGAUCAUACUCCAGAUGCUGGGUUUAGUAAUCUCUUGUGCUCAUCUUUGAAGGCAUCACCAUAUUCGAUCGCCACGCUGCGGCUGGCUGAAGUCAAAAUUCAUCGUGAGCUUCAAAAGAUCAACGAAGCAGUGGUUUGAUGAUUCCGUGGCGUCUGCAGAAUUACAUAUUCCGACGAUCACAUGGGGUACUUGUCGAUCAACGUCAAGGCCACACCAAACCAAAUGUACCCCGCCUUUGUGUUCCGAUCUUUUCGAUUCGGAUUCCACUCUGUUUCUAGCGUCGAAUCGUGGCGUUCUCGUGGAUGGCAUACUUGCUUUCAUUCCGAAAGUUCAGUGGUACAGAUUCGAUAACUCGACAGCCGGGGGACUUUGAGGGACAGAACGAGGGGUCUGUGUAACGACGAUGUAUCUCACCGCCAAGUUUACGUGCAG